AUGAGGAUUUCGAUUAAAAGAGGUGUUUGGACAAACACAGAGGAUGAGAUCCUCAAGUCUGCUGUGAUGAAAUACGGGAAGAACGAAUGGGGUCGUACGUCUUCCUUACUUGUGCGCAAAUCCGCUAAACAGUGUAAAGCUCGUUGGUACGAAUGGCUCGAUCCUUCCAUCAAAAAGACUGAGUGGACCAGAGAGGAAGAUGAGAAGCUGCUUCAUCUUGCUAAGCUCCUGCCGAGUCAAUGGAGAACAGUCGCUCCCAUGGUCGGCCGCACUUUGUGUGAAUGCAUCGACCGCUACGAAAAGCUUCUGGAUGCAGCUUGUGUAAGGGAUGAAAAAUAUAACGAUCCAAGGAAAUUACGACCCGGAGAGAUUGACCCAAACCCGGAAGCAAAGCCUGCUCGACCCGAUGCAGUUGACAUGGAUGACGAUGAAAAAGAAAUGCUUUCAGAAGCAAGGGCUCGAUUAUCCAAUACAAGGGGAAAAAAAGGCAAAAAGGAAGGCCCGGGAGAAGCAGAUUGA